AUGCUCCUGCCGAACCACAUGGACCCGAACGCGGUGCCGCACGAGGCGCUCGCGCAGCGGCAGCGCGUCUUCCAGACGGGCGUCUUCAUCUGCCUCAUGCUCCUGCUCAUGGACCCGCGGGACCCGCGGCGCGAGCAGGAGGCCGCCGUCGCGCGCGCGCGGGCCGAGGCCGAGGCCGCGGCGCUGCGGCGGCAGCGGGCGCCGACGUGGCUCGACGGCGCCGUCGGCGGCGGCGCGCGGCGGCCGCAGAACGUGACGGGCUUGUACCGCGGGUCGUGGAGCUUCGGCAACGGGACGGCGCCGGCGGACAACCGGGAGGCCCGCCUCGGCGGCGACACGGGCCGCGCCGUCGUGCAGAUGGACAUGUUCCGCCUCGAGGAGCUCGAGUCCAUCUCGCUCGUCCGCGCGUUGGUGUCGCUGUCGGCGCCGCCCGGCGGCGCGCGCGGCCGCCGCGACAUCUUCGCGUCGGCCUUCGGCGUCUACUUCCACGGCGCGCGCACCGCGGCGCUCCUCGGCAACGUCGGCGAGCCCACGGAGGCCGGCGUCGACCUCGAGCGGCGGAACGCGUCCGGUCGGAACGCGACCGCGGGCGCCGCGGCGCCGGGAAGCGACCGCGGCCGGGCGGGCCGGCGGCGCCGCGACGGCCCCCCGCGCAAGGACGGCGCGCGGCGCCGCGACGGCCCGCGCGCCGGCCCGCGCGCCGCCGCCGACGAGCCCCCCGGCCGCGGCGACGCCGGCGGCGCCGGCCACCGGCGCCUCGCGGCGCGCCUCCGCCGCGACCACCCGCGCCUCGCGGACGCCGUCGACGACGACACGCUCGCGGCGGCCCUCGACAACCUGCGCCGGCGCCUCGGCGACAGGGCGCGCACGGUCGUGUCGUCGCGGCCGUUGCCCGACGCGUUCUUCGCCGACGACCACGCGUACGACCUCGUGCUCGCGCGGGAGUCCACGAAGAAGGACGCCGAGGCCAAGGACCCGUCGGCGUCCACGGUCGUGUCCCGGGCCGACGCCCUGCCGCCGCGCACGCCCCUGCGCCUGCCCCCGGACGCGGCGUUCGCCUACCCGAGCUCGCCGUUCACGUCGACGCUCUGGCGCGACGGCAAGUGCGCGCUCCACGUGGACCUCGUCGCGUCCGACGACAAGGCGGCGAAGAGGGCCAUCCGGCACUACCGCAAGUCGACGCCCUUCGUGACGACGCUCGCGGGCGUCGUGCGGUCGCCGGGCUGCGGCUUCCGCCUCGACGUCGAGGCGACGGCGACGCGCGUCGCCUGGGACGCGGCGCGGAGCCAGGGCGCGUGGUACUCGACGCUCAUGACCGCCGUCUGCCUCGCGCAGAUCUUCGCCCUCUUCAAGCAGGUCCACUUCUGCCGGACGCAGACCGUCGCGGCGCGCGUGUCGCUGCUGUCCGUGUCCAUGCAGGCGCUGCUGGACGCGGUGCUCUGCGUCGCGAACCUGUUGCUGUGCGCGGCGGUGAACGCGCUCUUCGCGUCCUUCGCCACGGUCGCCUUCUUCAAGCUCGUCGUCUUCUGCGUCGUCGAGAUGCGUUAUCUGCUAUUGGUCUUCCAGGCGCACGACCCCCAGCGGUCGCUGAGCGACGGCUGGGGCGCGCGCCGCGAGCUCGCGUACCUCCACGCGCGCUUCUACGGCGCCCUCUUCGCGGCGCUGCUCGUCCUCUACGCCGCGCGCGACGACGCGCGCGUCGUCGUCGUCGCCGCGUACUCGUUCUGGGUGCCGCAGAUUUUCCGCAACGCGAAGCUCAACGCGCGCGAGCCCGUCUGCGACGCCUACCUCUACGGCAUGGCCGCGAGCCGCCUGCUCCUGCCGCUCUACUGCCUCUGCGACCCGGACGGCCUGCCCCGCGUGCUCGUCGUGCCGUCGCCGGGCGCGCCGACCUACGGCGCGAGGGCGGCCUUCGCGCUGGUGCUCGUGGCCUGGCAGGGCGUCCAGGUCGGGCUGUUGAAGCUCCAGCAGCACUACGGCGCGCGCUGCUUCGUGCCCGCGGCGCUGAUCCCGAAGCCCUACGACUACCGGCGGCCCAUCGCGCACCUCGUCAAGGGCGACGACGCGAACCUCGAGUGCCCCAUCUGCAUGGGCGACGUCGCCUGCGACGGGGCGCACCACCUCGUGACGCCCUGCGACCACGUCUUCCACGACGUCUGCCUGGGCCAGUGGAUGGACCUGAAGACGGAGUGCCCGGACGCGCUGUGGCCCGCGAUGGAGUCCUCGGGCACCUCGACGUGCGCCGCGGUCGCCUCGGUCAGCGCGAGCGACGCGGCCGACUGCUUGACGGCCGGCGUCGCCGCGCGCGCGCAGGCCGCGCAGAGCCGCGUGCCCACGAGCUCGCGCACGUCGUCGGCGCCGCCGCACCACGCGCACGCGCGCGCGACGGCGCCCGCGGACGCCUCCGACGCCUCGGAGACCUUCGUCCGCACGUCGAAGCGCACGGACUUGGGCCGCGUCGUCGACGGCCGGCUGUCGACGCCCGUGGGCGGGCGGCUCGCGGCGCCGGCGUCGCCCUCGACGCGCGUCGACGGCCGGCUGUCCGAGGGCGCGUCGCCGCGCGACGACCGCGCGGGCCGCGCGUCGUCCUCGAACCGCGUCGACGGGCGGCUGUCGGGGACGGCGUCGCCCCGCGACGACCGGCCGGGCCGCGCGUCGUCCUCGAAGCGCGUCGACGGGCGGCUGUCCGCGGGCAUGUCGUUUUCGAAGCGCGUCGUCGACGGCCGGCUGUCGCCCGACUCGCGCGAGAGGCGCUGGCUCGGUCGAUCGCCCGACUCGCGCGAGAGGCGCUGGCUCGGUCGAUUGCCGGACUCGCGCGAGAGGCGCUGGCCCGGUCGAUCGCCCGGCUCCCGCGGGUGCUCGCCCGACUCCCGCGACGCCCGCGGCGUUACCAUGAAGGCUGUCGCGUACCUCAUCCUCGCCGCGGCGUCGGUGAGCGCGUUCGUCGCGCCCAAGCACAUGCCCUCGUCGCUCGUCGCUCAGACGACGGACUCACUCGUCGCGCUCGAGGCGUGCCGGCGGAACACGAAGAAGGAGAAGCGUCAGCGCAACCAGGAGAACAUGCGGAAGUUCAAGCGUGGCGCGGCGCCGGCCCAGCGGGGCGCGGGCGGCAAGAAGAAGAGCUUGAGCCGCAAGAAGUUGACGCUCAAGGCCCAGUCGGCCAAGGAGAAGGGGCGCGAGGCCACGUUCAUGUCCAAGCUGCGAAGUCGUUCCGCAUCCAUGGCGCGUCGGUGGUCGCUGGCGUUCGCCGUCGCCCUCGGCGCGGCGCCCACCGGGGGCGCGUACCUCGAGGGCUGCGGCCUCGCGGUCUGGGCGGCGGGCGACGAGGGCGCGUCGUGCACGACGACCUGCGCCGGGCACCACAACGCCACCUGCGACGCCGACGCGCUCGCGCUCGCGGCGGACGAGGACGUCUUCGCCGCCGUCAACGUCACCUGCGACGCGACGGAGGCCAAGGACGCCGACUUCGCGCCCUUCUUCAACGCCAACGGCGCGUGUUCGCCCAUGGCCGACGGCGGCGCCUACAGCUGCGGCGCGACGCCCAAGGGGUCGAAGCGGCGCGUCUGCGCCUGCUGCACCGGCGGCGCGGCGCCGUCGAAGGCCCCGAGCGCGCCGCCGACGGCCAUGGGCACCUACGCGCCCACCGCGCCGUCCGGCGCGCCGUCCUACGCGCCCACCGCGCCGUCCGCUUCGCCGUCGUACGCGCCGACCGCGCCGACGGCGAGCCCGUCCUACGGCCCCACGGUGACCCCGACGAGCGCCGCGCCGACGCACGUCCCCGUCCCGGCGCCGUCGCGGUCGCCGACGACGCACCUGCGGCCCACGGUCUACGUCACGCCCGAGCCCACGGUCAAGUGCGCGGCGAUCGGCUGGCUCCUGGGCGCGGCCGCCGAGUCCUGCAGCGAGACCUGCGCGCGGGACCACAGAGCCUGCCACGACGACGAGGCCGACGCCGCGCGGGACCGCGUCGACGAGUGGGGCGAGGUCGCGGCGAUGGUCGCGGCGCGCGGCGGCGACGCGUGCGCGGGCGGCUGGGUCAACGGCAACGCCAUGGCGCCCUACGUGAACACGAACAACGGCAACUGCUUCGGCCGGGGGCCCGACGCCGCCGUCGCGGGCUUCUGCGGCCUCGCGGCCGAGGCGAAGCGGCGGCUGUGCCCGUGCUGCUCGUCGGGCUUCGCGCCGAGCCCCGAGCCGACGAAGCGCGAGCGGCCGGACUGGCAGGGCUUCCCCGAGGAGCCGCAGGAGGACGACGACGACGACGACUCGUCCUACAACUCGCGCGCGGGCAUCCUGUCCUCGGGCGCGCAGGCCGGCGCGGGCGUCGCCGGCGUCGCGCUGACCAUCUUCGCCAUCUACAAGCUCCUCAAGUGCCACCACAUGGGCCUCGAGAACACGGGCAUCUUCAAGGAGAAGUACCGCCGCUCCUCCUUCUCCAAGAAGGAGGUCGGCGCGCCCUCGAAGGUCGCGUCCGUCUUCGAGGAGGACCGCCGGCGCACGGGCGUCGCCGUCUCGUCGACGACCAUCCAAUACUCGGCCAUCACCGACGACGCCCUCCCGACGUACGAGGUCGAAGGCAAGUGGCUCGUCGCCUGCGAGGCCAUCACGACCGUCGUGUCGCGGGCCUGGGAGUUCGCUUUGCCGCUGGCCCUCCUGGGCGUCUGGGGCGGCGACGAGCUGUCCCUGCGGGCGCCCGCGGCGCUGGCGCUGGCCGUGACGCUCGCGACGACCCUCUUCUCGCCGCGCAUCGGCAAAUGGGCCGACGGACAGGACCGCCUCUUCGCCGCGCGCGUGUCGCGCGCGUUCCAGGUCGCGGGGACGGCCUGCAGCGUCGGCGCCGUGCUGAGCAUGGCGUCGGAGGACACGGCGGGCUUCCGGAACUGGCUCGCGCUGGCGCUCGGCGGCGCGUCCGUCGAGGCGCUCGGCGGCGUCGUCACGCGCGGCGGGCCGAAGAAGGACUGGGCGCCCGCGCUCUUCGAGGGGGAGGCGCUGGGCGGCGCGCUGUCGAAGACGACGGUGGCCCUGUCGAACGCGGCCCAGGUCGGCGAGAUUCUAGGGCCGUUUCUGGGCGCGACGGCGAUCUCGUCCCUCGGGCCCGUCGUCGGCGCGGGCGUCGUCGGGGGCCUCGCGGCGGCCGGCGAGCUCCCCGCGCAGCUCAUCCUCGACGGCCUCUACCGCCGGAACGCGGCGCUGCGGACGCCGCCGCCGCCGGAAGACGCGGCCGCGGAACACGGCGGCGGCGCGUGGGCGCGGUGCUGGCGCCAGCCGGGCGGCACGGCGCUGCUGACGGGGUCCUUCGGCUGCCUCUUCUUCACGGCGCUCGCCCCCCACGGCCCCGUGCUCACGGCCUUCCUCGCGACGCGCGGCGUCGACCCGCGGGCCAUCGCCGUCUUCCGGACGCUCGGCGCCUUCGCGGGCAUCGGCGGCAUCUACGCGUUCGGGAAAGCGGCCGACGGCGUCGCGAAGCGGGCCGGCGACGCGCCCGGCGCCCAGGCGGCCGCGCGCGUCGUCGCCCUGCGGUCCGCGUCCUUUUGGGCCCUCGGCUUCCAGUGCUGCGCCGCCGUCGGGGCCGCCGCGGCGCUCGCCGCGGCCUACGGGCCCGGCGCGGUCCCGGGGCUCGCCGCGUUCAUGGCGGCCGUCGUGCUGAGCCGCGCGGGGCUCUACGCCUACGACGUGGGCUACCUCGAGCUCCAGCAGCUGCUGGUCGACGAGCGCGACCGCGGCGCCUGCCAGGGCGUCGAGGCGGCGCUCUGCGGCGGCAACGAGCUGCUGCUCGCGCUCGUGACGCUCUGCUUCUUCCACGACCCGCGCGACUUCGGCGCGCUCGCGGCGCUGAGCGCGCUCUUCGUCGGCCUCGCGCUCGCGCUCUUCGCCGCCUGGGCCGCGCUCUACCACGUCCACGACCACGACCACGGCCGCGGCGACCACCCCCACGAGCACACGCCCCAGCAGGCCAAGGCCCUCGACGAGAGCGGCGCGAAGCGCCACGUCCACGUCCACCGCGCGGACCACGGCGCCCACGACCACGGCCACGGCCACCACGACCACGGCCACGACCGCGCCUAG